GGUUGCUCUUCCUGAUUUUGUGGCCAACGCUAGGAGACUUUUUUAAUAGCAGACAUGAGGUGCCCUGGUUGUGAAAGGCGGUUGACUCAGAGGGCUUUGAACUGGCCUGCAGGAUGUUCAGCUCUAAACAUCCUGUCUGAGAGACACCUCCCCGUGCUGCUUGUCCCUUUAUCUGCCACUUCUGAGUAAUAACUGGUCCUUGCUGCUCGCAUCUGGAGUGGGAGAAGUUGCAGGCACAGCGAGCAGCAAGUGAGCCAGAUGCCAUCAAGUUUCAAUGGCAAUGCCCUCCGGGGCACCUUCUUCUUCAUUUUUGGUCUCUGGUGGUCUGUGAAAUAUCCUCUGAAGUACCUCAGACAGAAAGCGAAUGCUGAGAAUCAGCCAAGCCGUGGUGUCCAGCGCUUGGAAGUCCUCGAAGGGACAGUCAAAGCUUUCUUUGCUCUCGCAGGGAUCCUGGCUGAGCAAUUUGUUCCUGCUGGUCCCCAUCUGCUGCUGUACAGUCCUGAGACCCACAGCUGGACAGAUCUAACCCACUGGCACUACACAACCAUGUAUUUGUUCUUCCUCCUCUCCGGCAUCGUGGAAGUUGUCUCGCAUUCCCCACUCAAGCUGCCUGUUGGGUUAGAUCGACUCUCGCUGUCCAUGGCUCUGCUUAUUGAAGGCUUGCUCUUCUGCUCCCGUGACUACAGUGAUGCCGCACUGGAUCGUCACCUCCAUUCCCUGCUGGCCAUAGCCAUCUUUGCUGGAGCCCUUUGUGCGUUCCUGGAAGUGUUCAUCCGAGAUCACUUCGUGCUGGAGUUCUUCAGGACCAGCUCCUUCCUCCUGCAGGGCUCUUGGUUCUGGCAGAUUGGAUUUGUGCUCUCCCCUCCAUGGGGAGGACUGGGCUGGGAUCAGACUGACCGUGGCAAUUUCAUGUUCCUCACCAUGUGCUUCUGCUGGCACUACGCCGGCGCUCUCGCAGUCAUGGCAGCCAACUCCGCCGCCUCUCGCUGCUGCAACGAAUCCUGCCAGCUGAAAUUUGGGGACAUCGACGUUGAGCUCGACUGUGGAAUGUGCAUCCGCAAAGGCAAGAGCUCCAGCGGCGCCCUGCUGCCGGAGAGCGGCUCAGAUGACAAGUGAGGCCGCGGCAAGUGUCCCUGCUCCGCUGGAAACUUCUUCCCGUCGUUUUGAAGCUCUUAGGAUGAGGUUUUUAAUUUGUCUUGUUAAACGAAGCUGACGCUUGAUAAUGGAGCAUCAGAAGUGGGAGGCAGGACCCAGAAGGCACAGCGGGCGCAGCACUGAGGUGUAAGGACUCGGUUUCCCUUCCUGCACGCUCCCUUAUGUCCAUUUGAUGGUACAAAGCGGGCUCCAUGUGCCAAGCAGGCUCCUGGGAGAGAGAGCUUUUUAACUUUCUGUGCCGCGCAGCUCAGGCUGUGAACGGCGCGACCAGUUUGCUGGUGGAGUCCGGCUGAUUCGGCUGUUUCCGAACACGGCAGGACCUUCAUUUCUGCUGCUGCACGUGACAGCCAAAGUGCCUCCUGAAUUAGCCCCCAAAGCACGCUCCCUGUAGCUGUCACUCACACUGGUGUUAAUGGAGGGGGUUUUUGCACAAAGCUUAAAGC